AUGGGUCUUCUCUCUAGUCAUGGGGCUUUCGCAUUUGGCCUUCUAGGUAACAUCGUCGGGUUCUUGGUGUUCCUUGCACCAGUACCGACGUUCUAUCAAAUUUACAAGAAGAAAUCAGCUGAAGGGUUUCAAUCACUUCCUUAUGUGGUUGCCUUAUGCAGUGCCAUGCUUUUGAUAUACUAUGCACUCCUCAAGUCCAAUGCCACCCUUAUCAUCACCAUCAACUCGUUUGGCUGUUUCAUAGAGACCAUAUACAUAUUACUCUAUCUAUUUUAUGCACCAAAGACAACUAGGAUCCAAACCAUGAAGCUGUUUAUUUUGCUGAAUGUUGUUGGAUUCGGCGGCCUCCUUCUCCUUACUCUCUUUCUUGCUAAAGGCUCAACCCGUCUCAAUAUUGUUGGAUGGUUUUGCCUUAUUUGUUCUCUGUGCGUUUUUGUUGCACCUCUCUGCAUUGUGAGAAAAGUUAUAAGAACCAAAAGCGUGGAGUAUAUGCCAUUUCUUUUAUCAUUUUUCCUUACACUAGGUGCAGUUAUGUGGUUCUUCUAUGGUCUGCUAGAGAAAGACUAUAACAUUGCUAUUCCAAAUAUAGUGGGUUUUGUGUUUGGUGUUCUCCAAAUGGUGCUUUAUGUAAAGUACAAGAACCCGAAGAAAGCUGACAAAGAGCAAAAGCUUCCUGAAUCACAAGUCGACAAAAGUAUAACUUUGGAGGAGCAAAAGCUUCCUGAACUAACAGAACAGAUCAUCGAUGUCGUGAAGUUGAGUGCAAUGGUGAGCUCGGAAGAAAUGCUGGCAGUGGACUUACAAAUGAAGGAUAUUAAUGGACAUGAUGAGAUAGUUGGAGAUGAGAAUGUGGCUAGGGAUAACAUGGAAGCUUGA